AUGCCAUUUGGAUUGCGCAAUGCUCCAGCAACGUUUAAACGGUUGAUGGAGCUUGUACUUACCGGGCUAAUUGGCGAUGCCUGUCUGGUCUACUUGGAUGACAUCACCAUCGUAGGCCGUACGUUUGAGGAACACCUUCAAAACCUGGAACGCGUGCUCAUGAAGAUCCAGAGUACCAACCUCAAGUUGAGUCCGAAGAAAUGUUCACUAUUCAAUCAGCAAGUUAGCUUUUUGGGGUAUUUAGUGUCGGAAGACGGUAUCCGCAUCAAGGAUUUGCUGGUUCUUAAAGACAAGACGCAAGUUAAAGCAUUUUUGGCCAAACCCCUGCACGAAGUAACCGAGAAGAAGCAUCCAUACAUACAUAUCGCAUUCCAAGAGCUCAAGGACAGUCUGUGCAAAACACCUAUUUUGGGGUACCCUGAUGCGGGCAAGGAAUUUUAG